UACAAGGGGAAGAGGGAGGGCGUCUACCAAGCACAUCGGCAGGGCAGGAUGAGGGUGGCGGUGGUCGGCGGCGGGGUGAGUGGGCUGGCGGCGGCGCACGAGCUGCUCGCCGCGAGCGGCGGAGGCGACGUGCGUGUCACCCUAUACGAGCAGGAGGAGAGCCUCGGAGGGCGUGCGAGGACGGUGGCCGUCGACGACGGCGCCGGACGCCUCCAGCUCGACCUCGGCUUCAUGAGCUUCAAUCAGGUAACAUAUCCCCACAUGAUGGAACGGUUAGAAGGGCUCGGGGUGGAGAUGGAGAGAUCGAACAUGUCUUUCUCAGUGAGCACACAAUUGAAAGGCGGCGGUGGAGGAUGUGAGUGGGGAAAUGACAACGGUAUCUCAGGUCUCCUGGCACGAAAAACCAACAUAUUGAAACCCAGUUUUUGGCGCAUGGUCUAUGAUAUAAUCAAGUUCAAGAAUGAUGCUCUGACGUACCUGGAGGACCAUGAACAGAACCCUGAUCUGGACCGUAAUCAGACAUUGGGGCAGUUCACUCAGUCGCACGGAUAUUCCCUAUCGUUUCAAGAGGCUUAUCUUAUUCCAGUCUGCACAGGCAUGUGGUCAUGUUCACCACAAGAUGUUUUGAGCCUGUCUGCUUUCUUUGUCCUGUCAUUUUGCCGAAACAAUGGCCUUCUUCAGCUGUUUCGUCACACCCAGCUGCCCACUGUCAAGCCUCGUUCACAGUCCUAUGUAAACAAGGUAAAAGGAGAAUUGGAGAGCAUGGGCUGUCUAAUUAAAACCAGCUGUCGGGUCAAAUCUGUCUCAAGCCUUUAUGACGGAGCAGCUGGCUACAGAGUCUUGGAGAAUGAUGGUUCAGAGGAGACAUACGACAGUGUCAUCCUUGGGGUCCAUGCACCCAAUGCUCUCAAAGUGCUAGGAGCUGAAGCUACACAUCAUGAACUGCGAAUUCUAGGUGCUUGUCAGUAUGUCCAAAGGGAUAUAUACCUCCAUUGUGAUAAAAAUCUGAUGCCCCGAAAUUCGUCGGCAUGGAGCGCGUGGAAUUUCCUGGGGACAACUAGUAGGGGAUUUUCUGUUACUUACUGGCUAAACCAAAUUCAGAAAAUUAAAUCUGUCAUGCCUUUCCUGGUGACACUCAAUCCCCCUUGUGUUCCGAAUCAUGUACUGCUUAAAUGGAAUACAAGCCUUCUUGUUCCAUCUAUGGCCGGGGCGAAGGCUUAUCUUCAGCUUGAUCAGAUCCAGGGAAAGAGAGGAAUAUGGUUCUGUGGGGCAUAUCAAGGUCACGGCUGCCAUGAAGAUGGAUUGCAGGCUGGGAGAGCAGCAGCUCAAGGUUUGCUUGGAAAGAAAUGUGAGCUUUUGCUGAACUCAAAGCAGAUGAUUCCAUCAUGGACCGAGGCUGGUGCACGCCUUGUAGUUGCAAGAUUUUUCAACCUAUAUGUAUCCAUUGGUAACUUAAUAUUCGUCGAAGAAGGAGGCAAUGUGUUCAGCUUUGGUAAAGCUUGUGAUAAAUGCCGUAUAAAAUCUGUAAUCCGAGUUCAUGACCCCUUGUUCUAUUGGAAGGUUGCAACAGAAGGAAAUCUUGGCUUGGCAGAAGCCUAUAUUAACGGAAGUUUUUCUUUUCUUGACAAGAGAGAAGGCCUUCUGAAUCUUUUACUGAUUCUCAUUGCUAACAGAGAUGAGCGUAGGAAUCGACGCGUUGCCAGAAAAGGGGGUCGGUGGACACCCUUGCAUGUAAUAGCUAAACUGGCACAUGCUAAAUACAUUUUGCGCGAAGUCUCAAGGAAGAAUACUGUGACACAGACUCGUCGAAACAUCUCUCAGCACUAUGAUCUUAAUAAUGAUUUUUUCUCUCUUUUUUUGGAUAAAUCAAUGACUUACUCUUGUGCAGUUUUCAAGGUGGAGAAUGAAAGCUUAGAAGCAGCCCAGCAACGUAAGCUUAGCCUUCUAAUCAACAAGGCUAAAGUCAAGAGGGGGCAUCAUGUUCUUGAUAUUGGUUGCGGCUGGGGAAGUUUAGCAAUACAAGCGGUGAAGCAAACUGGGUGCAAAUACACUGGAGUCACUUUGUCCGCACAGCAGCACAAAUACGCAGAGAGAAUAGUAAGAGAAGCCGGCUUAGAGGACCACAUAACUUUUCUGCUGUGCGACUACCGUCAAAUACCACCUUGCAAGUAUGGUGCAAUCAUAAGCUGCGGCAUGAUCGAACAUGUUGGCCAUGAAUAUAUGGACGAAUUUUUUGCCUGUUGUGAGUCUUACUUGGCUGAAGAUGGCAUAUUGGUCCUCCAGUUCAUCUCAGCUCCAGAGGAACGGUACGAGCAAUACAGAAGGAGGACGGACUUCAUAAAGGAAUACAUAUUUCCUGGUGGCUGCCUUCCUUCUUUGGCCCGUGUAAUGUCUGCCAUGACCACGUCAUCAAGGUUCAGCAUAGAGCAUGUGGAGAAUAUUGGGCCACAUUACUACACGACUCUGAUGCGCUGGAGGGACAACUUCAUGAUCAACAAAGAUGAAAUUUUGGCCCUGGGCUUUGAUGAUAAGUUCAUGCGUAUCUGGGAGUACUACCUCAUAUUCUCUGCGUCUUGCUUCAAGUCACGAACACUUGGAGAUUACCAGGUUGUUUUCUCUCGUCCAGGCAACCGUCGGCUAGCCGUGCCUUGAUAGCCGUCAGAUAUCCUUGUCCGUUCAGCUAUCGAACCAUUAAUCUUUUAUAAUUGCUAGCCUGUUCCACCUUUGCUUUAGUUAUUUCUACGUAUUUGCCAAUAAUCUUUGUUCCCUGAUGGAACUGUAGUGGGCUGCUGACAAACCAGCCAAGGAUGUGUGUACUUUUAUGCCUGAUGCCCUUUUAUGUUCAGUACAUACAUUGCAUGGUAUUGUAUCUUUAUUUUCUACGAUCUGUAAAUGUUUGAAUAGUGUUAUUUA